GUUCACUUCCAACCCUUCCAAGUCUCAACUUGAAGCAACUUUUUACGCGCCUCGAACAUGUUCGAGGCUCCGGAGGACGCGGCCGCGCGCUGAGACCACCGCCCCUCCGACCGCCGGCCGGGCCGCGCGUCCUCUUUUUCACCGUCUGGAGAGGCUUUCCGCUCCGGCACGAUGAGUGAAAACAACAUCUUUGAGAUGGAGUCGGUGUGCGACCCGGAGGAGCUGCGGGAGGACGCGCAGCUCAGCAUGAUGGAGGAGGAAGCGGUUUACCCGGAGGAGUUUCUACCAACUUAUCACAGUAUUAAAGAAGGAUCAACAGUCGCCAAAGCUCGACAGGCGGAGUUCAACGGCAACGCCGACUCGCUGUUCUUCAACGACGGCGUGCGGCGCAUCGACUUCAUCCUGGUGUACGAGGACGACGACAAGGCGGACUUCGAGAAGAGGCACACCAUCCAGAGGCGCAAGCGGCGGCGGGAGUACUUCGAAGCCAGCCUGAUGAAGAUGGGCAUCGAGCUGGAAGCCACGCCGUCCGUGUUGGACGAGAGGCGGACCUUCGUGAAGGUCCACAUGCCGUGGGAAGUGCUGUGCACGUACGCCGAGGUGCUGCACAUCAAGCUGCCCAUCCAGCUGAACGACCUGUCGUCGCGGCCCUCCGCCUGGCGCUGCCUCUCCUUCCUCACCAAGUACUUCUACCCCGACGAGGAGCUGAUCAGGAAGGAGGCCGAGUUCUUCACCGCGCCCUUCGAGAAGAGCAGGCUGGACUACUUCCUGGUGAAGGACCGGGACUUGUUCUUCACUCAGGCCAUGAGGAGCAGAAUGGCUUUUUACAUCCUGAGUCGAGCUCCGUAUGAAAUCCGAGGAAGCACAAAGAAGUUUGGCAUCAACAAGCUGCUGGACAGCGGCGUGUACAAGGCCGUGUAUCCCCUCCACGACUGCAGGUUCAACGUCCGGUCCGAGGAAGAGAGCUGCCCCAACGAGAGGUUCCUGCUGUACAACGAGUGGGCUCAUCCCAAGAGCUUCUACAAAAUGCAGCCGCUGGACCUGAUCAGGAAGUAUUACGGGGAGAAGAUCGGCAUUUACUUUGCCUGGCUGGGGUUCUACACCAUCAUGCUCACCGUGGCUGCGGCCGUGGGACUGGCCUGCUUCAUUUAUGGCUACAAAACUCAAGAAACCAGCACCUGGACCAAAGAGGUGUGCGACCCCGAGAUCGGAGGGAAGCUUGUCAUGUGUCCGCAGUGCGACUCGUGCAUGUACUGGACGCUGAACAGCACGUGUGACACCUCCAAAAAACUCUGCAUAUUUGAUAACUUUGGAACUUUGGUUUUUGCUGUUUUCAUGUCAGUCUGGGUGACCCUGUUCCUGGAGUUCUGGAAGCGUUACCAGGCGGAGCUGGAGUACCAGUGGGACACGGUGGAGUUUCUGGAGCAGGAAGAGCCGCCUCGUCCAGAAUACGAGGCCAAAUGCAAAUACGAGAGGAAAAACCCCGUCACAGGGGUGAAAGAAAAAGUUCCGUUUACGAGCUGCGGACGGUGCGUUCGGGUGUCCAUCGGAAUGGGGACCGUCUUAUUCUGGAUUAUGCUGAUCCUGGCCUCCAUCGUGGCCAUCACCGUGUACCGCCUGGUGGUCUUCAUCACCUUCUCGGCCAAACUCCGAGAGAAUGACCUGAAGAACCUGGAGCCCAUCAAGGAGUACAUGACACCGCAGAUGGCCACCUCCGUCACGGCCUCCAUCAUCAGCUUCGUCGUCAUCAUGAUCCUCAACAUGCUGUACGAGCGCGUCGCCAUCUGGAUCACGGACUUCGAGCUCCCGCGGACCAAGACGGACUACGAGAACAGCUUGACUCUGAAGAUGUUCCUCUUUCAGUUCGUCAACUACUACUCCUCCUGUUUCUACAUCGCCUUCUUCAAGGGGAAAACUGUCGGUUAUCCCGGAAAGCCGUUCCGUCUGCUGGGGGAAUACCGCAACGAGGAGUGCGAUCCCGGCGGCUGCUUGAUCGAGUUGACGACUCAGCUGGCGAUCAUCAUGGGUGGAAAAGCCAUCUGGAACAACAUCCAGGAGGUUUUGCUCCCGUGGGUGAAGAACCUGAUAUUUCGCUACUGCAACCGAGCGGCGGAGAAAGUGACGCCUCGCUGGGAGCAGGACUACCAGCUUCAGCCGAGUUCCAAGCUGGGCCUGUUCUACGAGUAUCUGGAGAUGGUCAUCCAGUUCGGCUUCGUCACGCUCUUCGUGGCGUCCUUCCCUCUGGCCCCGGUCUUGGCGCUCAUCAACAACCUGUUUGAGAUCCGGGUCGAUGCCUGGAAGAUCACCACCCAGUUUCGCCGCAUCGUGCCGGAGAAAGCGCAGGACAUCGGAGCCUGGCAGCCCAUCCUGCAGGGCGUCGCCAUCCUGGCCGUGGUCACAAAUGCCAUGAUCAUCGCCUUCACGUCGGACAUGAUUCCCCGCCUGGUCUACUACUGGUCGUUCUCCGUGUUCCCGUACGGCGAUCACCCGACCCACACCAUGGAGGGCUACAUCAACAGCUCGCUGUCCGUCUUCAACACCCGCGAUUUCAACAGCACGCGCAGCGCGAACCUUUUAAAGGUUUCCAACGUCACCACGUGCAGGUACCGAGACUUCCGGUUUCCUCCGGGACACCACAGAGAGUACGAGCACAACGUGUACUACUGGCACGUCAUCGCUGCCAAAAUGGCUUUUAUCAUCGUUGUCGAACACAUCGUUUACUUCACUAAGUUCGUCCUGUCCUACGUCAUCCCCGACGUCCCGUACGCCGUCAAAGAACAAAUCAAGCGGGAGAAAUACCUGACGCAAGUCAUCCUCCACGAGACCAACCUGAAGCUGGUGACCAGGCGCCUGAAACCAGCCGGGAGCGACGAUGCCAGCCGUGCAGACGCACAGAUCUCGAGGGAGGAGAUGGACCUUGACUUCUGACCUCAGACAAACAUGCAUGAGCCUGUGUGUGUGUGUGUGUGUCUCUCUCUCGUGUCUGUGAUCGCUCAGUGUUUGACAGCCGUAUUUGAAUACCGAUCAGUGACGAAAUUCAUACCACAAACAUGGUUUGGAUCUUCUUUUUUUUUUUAAUGAAAAGUGAUUUGAAAGAAAAAAAAGUCGAAGGCAGCAGAAAACACUAUUGUCGUCUUCUUUAACCACUGUGUUCUCUUUGUGGACAGUCUGCCAUCUCCAUUAGUGUAUUUUUGUGGUUAUGUUACAUGAAUCCGUGCCUUUUUUGAGGUUUUGUAGCUGAAAGUAUUCAUUCUUUUGUACCACUUUGUGAACACAUCAGCACUUUUCAUGUUAUGUCUGAUAACAUUAUUGAAGUGUUUGAAACCGGAAACUGUAUCAACAGCUUGAUUUUCCUGCAGAUGAACACUGACAAUCAAUUUUAGCUGCUUUAUUGUGAACUUUUUGGCCUUCUGAUGAUGUGUCAGAGCGAAACGUAGAAAGGAGCCCUCGUUUUAGAUAAUCCCAGUGAUAAGUGUCAUGGUGUGCCUUACCUUGUCUCUCCGUCCGCUGGAUGACGUGCAGGAAGCUCAGAGCUCCCUCGUGCAGGUAAUGAAUGCACUGCGUUAGUUAAACACAGACCAGUAAAUAUCAGUAUUAAGAGAUCAAAUUUGGCACCGCUUUACAAUGCAAUGAUGAGUUUCUGACAUUGACUGUCCGUUGCCUCGAAAUGUUACAAAACUGAGGGGAUACCAGUUACUAUAUGCAUGGACUGACUUUUAACUGCACCUUCUCACUACAUGUGCCUCAUUAUGUCCUGCAUGCUUUAUUUUUUUUUUUUUACUUGAGAGACAAUUUAUCAUUUUUUCUGUAAAGUUAAAGAUCCUGUGCCAUGACCACUGCACUGUAUGUUAGACUUUCAGCUCAUAUACAUUCUAUUUACCUUGCCUUCUCUUCUCUUUUGUUGAUAAAAUGGUUAAAUAGUGCUUCAGUGUCCUGAACAGUGGUGUUGUCACCACCAUCUAUAUGUGAACAUGUAUCAGAUGACUGUAGUGUGUGACGAUAUAUAUGUACUUAUUGUAUUUUUGUACAAUAUUGUCAAUAAACCUCUUUUCUAAUAAAGAAAAAUCCCCU